CCCAGACAAAGCAAUGCCCAUCUAGCACAAUCAAGAGCUGCCUAAAAGAAGGACAUCGACGCCGAUCGCACUUGUGCGGCACUCCCACGGCUGUAUGGACGGGAUGAUGACCUGCGGGGUUGCAUCGAUGGAAGGGAUCGUUGUGGGAGAAUGAGCGGCGCGCGCUUUUCGCACGGCGGAGCCGUAUAAGCGGUCAUUUCGAAUACUCAUGCCUGCCGUCCGAGUUGGUUCAAUCGCCUGCCCGUACAGGACAGCCAGGACAUCUGAGUCGGUCGUCUCCACGAUGGAAUCAACGUCAAAGGACAGCUCGAGCCAACCUCUGAUGGAUGAUUCACCCAUCUCAACACGAUGGCAGAAGCAUGAUGGUUCUCGGAGCCGCUUCCCUUGGCCGAUGAUUUGUCUUUUGUUGGUUGUGACGAACGUGUGCACGCUUGUUGUCGGAUUCGCGGUCUACGUCUCCCGUCCGUGGCAGCUGUGUGAUUCGAGUGUGGAUCAUGAUCCUUGGUUUGGAAGCAUUCCAUACAGGCAAGUUCUUUGGGAGCAGGACGACCGGUUCGUCGACACAAACCCCAAGGUGUUCUACAAUCAAACCACAGGGGACGAACACUCGAUAUGGGCCGACAUCUACCCAAGCGGCUGGGUUGCAUUGACUAGUCAACCUGGCAAGGAGCUCAGCGGUGGCGCGCUCCUAUCAGAAUGGGGAAGCGAAGACGAAGAGUGGGAAGAGGGGACGCAAGCGUGGGCAACGACACUGAUGCAUCAGAUCCACUGCCUGGGAACACUCAAGUCGGCCUUCCACCUCCUCCAGCAGGGCGAGAAGCUCGAUCAUGAACGAAGCGGGCAUAUCCCGCAUUGCGUGGAGUACUUCAGGCAAUCGUUCAUGUGCCAGGCCGACCUGACCCUCGAGCCCCCGAUGGAUGUGCAUCAUUGGCCGCAGGGGACGAGCGGUUGGGGCAACACGCAUCGCUGCCGCGACUGGGACACGGUUUUGCAGGCGUUGAAGGACCGCUCGAUCCUUCGCGACGGCGGUCGGUGGGUUCGAUAUCGGCCGGGCAUACUGGACUAGACGGGCAGUAGGACAGAUACAUUGUCGUGAUAUGCAACCGUUUCCGCGUGUUGGCGUUAUUCAUCA